AAAAUAUUUACUACGGGACACUGUUUGGCGGCAACCUCAAAGAUACACAAUAACAUCAAAUAAUUGACUAAACCCUUCUACUCUCAAAAUUUCACUUAUAGUAACUGCAUUUAUCAAAAAUAUGAAUCCAUCUAAUCUAAAAUCACUCUGAAAACAAAAUUAUGAACUGCUUAGUGCAAGUGUUUUGGAUUUUCAAAACAAAUGAUCUCCGAGUAUGAUGUCAGACGGCAAGGCGAGGGUAUUUUAAAGUAUAGAUAUGACGAAAAACCAGCGACAUGACAAGAAAAAAUCAAGCCCAAAAGGUAAAAGAAAGCUUGAUUUCAUUGAAAAGAAAAAAACAAAGACACCUUUAACAGGGAAAACUAUCUUUCUGGAUAUCAAAGAAACUAAAGUAAAGAAACGGUUAGAAGAAGAUAUCAUCAAACUUGGAGCUAAAGUAGAAACGUUUUUGAGUAAAGACAUCAAUUAUUUAAUAACUGCCAACCCACCAGCCAAACCAACAGGAAAUGAAGAUAAAUAUGGAUCUCCUGAGAGUCCGUCCAUUUCUACUCCAAGUCCAUUUAACAUGGGUGCAUCUCCUUCACCAAGUAAUCCAGAGAGUGUCAAAAAUACAAUCCAAACAGUUUCAAGGGGGAAAGCCAUAUACAACAAAGCCAAGAUUGCCACUAAGAACAAUGUUAUUGUGGAAAAUGCACAGAAAUGGGGUGUAAAGAUAGUUGGAUUGGAAGUUGCCCAGAAAUGGAUACAGAAGGAAGUUCUGAAGUUACCUCUUGACAUCAAGAAGGAUUUGAAAGGGAAGAAAACCUGUUCUACAUCAAAAGGAGAUGAAUUUAAAGUUAAAAAACUAAAGAGGCCCUUUUUAAAGUUUGAAGAUGUUAGUCAUCAGUAUAAGAUUGUAUACAAACAUCUGGAAACAUGGCCUCAUGUGAAUGUAGAUACACCCAGAGGAAGCUGUCCGUUUGAUGGUACCAGAGUUGGGAAGGAUGAUGAGUCCCUGGGGGACAGGAGAGACAAGAUUGGGCUACCCAACAUAGAAGUACAUUCGGAGGAUGAAUGCAGGGAUAACACAUGUGAUAGCAAUACACCCGUAGAUGGGAAAAUAAAAAAAUCUGACAGUAUUAUUGGUCCAGUAAAGAUUAUGACAGCAGGAGAUAUUAGACGCAAAGCAGAGCGGAAGAGAUUAUUAGAGAAGAAACGUGGAUAUUGUGAAUGUUGUCUUAUCAGAUAUGAACACAUUGAUCAGCAUAUCAAGAAUGAGCAACAUAAGCAGUUUGUAAGGGAUAAAAAGAAUUAUGAAUCAUUAGAUAUUCUUAUAAAGAAUGGUUCAAACUGUAACACAGCUAAAUUUUUACAGAGAACUCUCACUACACAUCUGAGGAAAGGCAAGGCGAUCAGUGAAGAUAUAGACACAUCAAUACCUGAGGCCAAACAAUGGACUCCAAGAAAAUCUGCUGCAGCAAAAAAUGCAAUGAAAAAACAAAGAAAAGAAAGAAAGGAUGACAUUACUGUAAAGCCAAAAAAUCCUAUUACUGGAACUGUAGAAACUAAAAAUGUCAAAGGAAAGAUCAAUAGUCUUAAAAGAACUGAGGAAAAUGUCGAUAGUAGUAAAACUCAGCAGGAAGAAAGUUUAAUGAGUGAAAAGGAAAGUUCAAUUACAUGUAUAAAUGGCAAUGAAUCAAAUACAAGUACUAAGGAUAGCAAAUGUCAAAAGUCAGAAGUGAAAAGAAUGGAAGGAGAUACUAGUAGAACUGAAUGUGAAAGGGAUAUAGUUAUUGACAAACUAGAUGAAUUGACUGUCAAUAGUGAGGUCCAGAUUAGUUUAUCAGCUUUAAAUGUAAACUCUUCAGGAAUAAAUACCAGUUUAAAUGAAGACGGCUUACUCAACAUGACAUCUAAAGAAAUAAAAGAUAAUCAGUUGGCAAUGAGUAAAUAUGAUAGGAAAUAUAAUAAUGGUUCUGUUGAUAUAAUUGUUCAGGAGGCUGAAACUUGUAUACAAAAUGGACCAACUACUAAGGGAGAUAUAAUGCAAAACAAUAAAAAAGGCAAAGAUAAGAUAAAACAAAGUUGUGCUAAGAAUGACAAGUUACCACAUAAUCUUAAUGUUGACGCAGCAAGAAAUAAAAGAAAUGAACAAAGAAGUAAAGUAAUCAGUUGUGAAUGUGAUGAAGUGAAGAAAGAUGGUGAAGAAUCAUCCGAAACAAAGGUCAAUAUUGAGAACCAUUAUGUUCCUAAAGCAAAAUCAUUCUUUAUGCAGCAAAAUAUGUCGCCAUGCCGCGUAGACUGGGGAGAUUUAAAAAACAUAAAAACACAAGAUGCAAAGGUUGUGGUAAAAAGAUGGUCUCAAAAACUUGAAACGUCAAAUCAACCAGUUAAGAAAGAUAUCACAGACAAAACAGACGAGGCUGAUUUGACUGAAAUAUCCAAUGUGUCAAACAAUGAUAAGGAAAUGGUUGAAAAGAAAACAAACCAUAAAGUAUCAAGUGAUAAGAAAUAUUGCCAGGAAAAAACUAUUUGUACUAAUAAACUUUCAAAGCAGAGUCCUACCAGAAAGGUUAAAGGUUAUAACAAAACACCAAUGUUGUCACCAAUUCAAAAUGAGAUACAACAAUCUAAAAACAAUAACAUGGAUGUUUAUGAUUUCCAAGAUACCCCACAGAAGUGUAAGGAUGUAUAUGCUAUGAGUAGUGAAAUCAGUCUGAUUGGCACAGAAUCCCCAAAAUUAAAUAGAAAACAUAAAACACCUACAUCAGCAAAUAGAAUGAAACUUCAAAGUAGAAAAUUUAAUUCAAUUAGCCCAAGAAGUGGAACAAGUAUAACCCCUGGAUCAGCAAGAAAAAAAAUGUGGCGCAAACCUAAUUCCACACCAAAAUCUGCAAAGUUUAUUUCUAAAAAACUUAAUAGGUUUAAAUUGCCUGUUGAUUCUCUAAGAUCAUCUCACUCAGAUUCUGGGUUAAAAUCAAACAAAAAAUUGACAGAAACUCGUCAGGAAUUGAAAACAAUCACAAAGAUUAAAUCAACUGAUACAGUUAUCAAAUCGUCGAACAAGAAAAACAUUAAAGUUUUAAAUGUAGCUAAAGAUGUGAGUGGAAAUGAGAAAAACAAUGUCUCGUGUGGUGGAAUAUUACGAAAAAGACAUAAGAACAAAAAAUCACAUGAAACGGAAACAAACAUUUACAAAACCAAAGAUAUUUCAUCAGGAAAGAAGAAAUCCUGUUUGCCAUCAGGCACUAAAGAAGUAAGCCAUAGAGCCAGUCCUUUACAUUCUAGCGUGAAACAUACAUAUUCUGAUAAUAAAAGAUAUCAAACAGAAUGUGCUCCUAGUACUACAAAUAAGAUACCUGCUAUAAAACGGUUGAGUCCAUCAAAACCAUUUAAUCCUGAUAAAACAGUGGAGACUAUUGAUCAAGCAAUGAACACUAAAGAGAAAACACCCCAAAAAUCUCAGAAAAGUUUGCUUCGUAAUUCUGUCAUAAGUCCCAAUAGUAGAAAAUCACCAAUGAAGAUAUUGGUUUGGAAGGCAGCAAAUCUGGAUAUAACAAAAUCAAAGAAAGUAAAAUUAAAUACAAGUUGGUCAUUACUUAGUGAUAGAAGUGUUGGGAAACUACUUGCCAGUGAUGAUGGUAAUAAUGAACAGUUUGACGGCUUCUCUAAGGAAGAUAUUACAGCAGAAAGUAGUCUUGAUAGUGAUGCUUCAUUUGUGGAAACAACAGAAAUAGAUAUGGAUGAAAAUUCCCAUCAGGAAUGGGUAAUUAAUGCUGAAUUAGUCAAUGAAGACAGUAAUGAUAUACAGGAUCUGGUGCCUGUGUUUACCUCUCCGGGGAAACGUUCUGACUCCUCAUGGGGAGAUGCUUGUGAGGAAUAUAUACAGUCACAAGUCUCAUUUAAUAACUCAAACACAAAAAGUAUGUUAGAAACUUUCUCUAGUCCAAAAAAGUUUUCUCCAAGAAAAAGAAAGAGACUUUGUAGCGAAGAGGACAAUACUUUCUACAAAAGUGCUUUACACUGUUCGUUGUUAAGGUCACCGAAUCCCAAAAGAAAGAGGAGGAAAGUAAUUCAGGAUGGAAUUGAAAAAGUUGACAAUGAAAUAGAAUUUAAUCAUUUGAGUCCACAAAAGCUGAGAGGAUUUGUUAGUCCAGUCAAAAACUGUGAUGAAGAAACAAUGUUUCCAUCUAGUCCAUUGAAAGGUGUUUGUAGUACAUCCACUCCAUCUAGAUUGGUUUCUGGUAUUGAGGAGAGCAAAUUAAGCAGAAGUGCCCCUUUAAAUUUCACAUGUAAACAAAGAAAGUCUUGUGAGAAGUUGAAAUUUCAGCAAGAAACAAAUAAACUUAAUCAUCAUAAUAAAAACAUGGGGAGUGAAAAAUCCAAAGAUAAAAUUAAGGCAUCAAAAUUUACUGUGAAAGCUGAACAUGGAAGAAGUAGGUCACGCAGUAGAAAAUGAUAAAUAGUAUUUGUAAUGCUAAUUAAUGAAUCAAAAGAUAUCAAUAAUAUAUAGGGCAAAACAAGUUUGAUAAAAAUGAUUUCACAACCAGGUGCUAAGAUAGCUUAUCAAUAUAGUGGAAUUCAAAUCACUAGUCCACAAAAGCAUUUCCUAUCUCUUCAGUGUAAAACAAAAUUUUAAUUGCAAAGGUUAGAGUAGAAGUGUUGGUUUACUUGUUGGCCAACCAAAUUUUGCAAUUUUCAAAAGAAGAAAAAAAAGAAUUGUAUAAUUAUUAUGUUUUUUAUAACAUAUUUUACUUGAAAUAUAAUUAUAAAUAAUUAGUGGAGUGCAGUGGAUAAGCUCUCUCCCCCCCCCCCCCCCCCCCCCCACUAACAGAUAGACCAAAACAUUUCCAGAGUAAAUAUAAGUAAAGCUAACAAAUUAAAACCAUGGUUUUAAUAACAUAGAUACAUUUUUAGACUACGUAAAAAAAACAAUUAUUUUUCCCUGUUUGAAAUGGAUAAUUUUAUCUGUCACAUAGACUAAGCAGUUCAGAGGCAUCUAUUGUCAUGACUGAAUUUUUAAGGGGGUUAAUUUUUUUAAUCUAUUUUUAGACUAGUAAUGGUUUUAAGAUAUAGAAAUGUUUAAUACUCUUGCAUACCUCUGUCAUGUCUGUGUUUUAGUCUUAUCAUGCUGUGAUCAUUGUAUUUGACUACCAUCUUUCUUUUGUAACUUUUUUUAACACAAUAUGUAUGAAGAGUUAAAAUAUUCUAUGCAUCACUUUAGUUAUUUAUUUGUGUUGAAAGAAAUAUUUUGAUACUGUAAAUUCAGAAUUUAUUGUGAGGUUUUUAUUAAUGCGAAUAAUACAACUGGGUGAGUAUCACUAAAUAGGAACUCACAUUCUUAUAUCUGAUUCCUAUAUCUGUAUGCAGAUUUUCAUGACAUUGCAAUAAUUAAACGUGCAUUUUUGUCCAUUUUACAAAAAUCACAAUAACAAAUGCACACAAUAAUUUCUGAAUUUACAGUAAUUAGUUUAGUUAACUCAAGAGUCUGAUGUGAUAUAUUGGCAACAUGGAUAGACUUUCAAUUUAUCAUCUCAAAAUCUUUCACCUACCUCAUCUCAAGCUUUAACGCUUUGUUAAAAAAUCCUGUUAUUACUUUUUAAACAUGUCAAAAAAUAAAUGUAGCAUCUAUGUGCAUGAACAAACCACUGAUUUGCUGUUUCUAAAAACACGUUAGUAAGAAAAUUUAUUUAAGAAAAAAAAUGUAGCUUUUAUUGAUAGCCUUUCAAGGCAGUGUUAGAUGCUCAUCCAGCGACAAUGCAUGUGUAAACUACUUAUAUGAAGAAAUAAGACCUGGUUGCUUCAUACCUUGUAGUUAGAAGCCUCAUAUUACAAAGUUUCCGUCCAUCAAAUGUCCAUUGUCAUACGCAGACUGUGUUCAUCGUCAUGGUUCAUCGACUGCUUUUGUCAUUUGGAUCUUUGAAAGGUUUUAGUCAUUUCUUAGAUACUUUAUAUUUUGGUGUUCAUUCUACUUACGAUUACUGACAGUUACUUUUGCAUUUAUUUGGGUUCAGUUAACUGACACAGAUACUUUUGAGUGCUAUACAGUUAACUGUUUAUAACUGAUAAUGCAAUAACAUUCUGACGAAAGUUUACUGGCACAUGUAUUUCUAAUACUGGAUGCUGACUUGUCAAUGUGGUUGAAUUUAAUCAAAAUAUUGAUUUUGAAAAAGCCAAUCAUUUUUAGCUAAAAUCUAUUAGUUGCAAACUUGUCAUACAAGAAAAAACACCUAAACAGACUGAUGAUGUUAGAUACCUAUCAACCUGUCAAGUAAACUGUAGUCAGUUUGGUGCAAAGUCUGUGGUUUAUUCUGACUUGGUCAAUGUAAAGUUUUCCUGGUUUAGUUUGUCUCUUAGAUACAAAGUAAUAGGUUAACCAUAUUGGGUGAAAGAAAUGAAUUAAAGGUGUACCUGUCUGUCUGGCAUGUAACACAUGACUUUGACCUUAUUGUCAUGGUUCAAUGGUCAAUGUCUUGUAUGGUAUGGUAUUUUGGAUGAUAUAAGCAGUCUGUCAACUAUAUUUGGUGUAUGGAAUGAUUGUAAAGUGAGCACGUCUUGUCUGGUAAGUUUUUUCUUACCUUUUCCUGGUCGUCUUGACCAUUGCUAAUGUAAAAUGUAUGUAAUACUUGUGCUGAGUAAAUAAAAAAUCUUGGUUUCUACCUUAAAAUAAUCAUGGUCAGUAAAGCAGGCAAGACAUUUCAUUGUGUGCACUCUUUACUUAUUUAGUUAUGUUUACUCUUCAAAAUACCUCAGGAACUAUAAAUAUAUCAUGUAUGAAGUAUGCAGGUAUGGUGUAUGUGGAUUUUUAUUUUUUUCUGAAACAGUUGAUGGCCUUGACCUCAUUUUGAUGUUCCUGUGGUUGGGUAUUAGAUUUGGUUUUAAUAAUAACUGAUAAAUUGGAAAUAUCUUGUAUGUGAAUCAAUCUGUGCUUCAGACAGGCUUCAUAACACCUCCAGGGAGUUUUUUUGGCUUUCAAAUAAAUCAACUAUUGUGGCAGAAGAGACGUUUAAACAUAUCGUAAUAUGUCAACUCGUGUUUAAUAAUACAGAAAUCAAGAAAUUCUAAUGAAUUAUGUUUUGACAUAAAAAAAUUCUUAAAGGAUUUGACAUAUUCUUAUUUUUCAAAUGGCACAAUACAUGUUCUAAUCUAUACCUAUAUCUUUUUCUUUUCUGUCUUAUCUAUGUUACACUUAGUAUUUUUAUUUCUGUUUUAUAUGCAAUAAUAAUAAUAGUUGUAUAGUGUUACUGAAUAUCAUUAUAUUUUGAUAUCUUAUUUGAAUUACAUUAUAUAAGACGCAGUGUUUCUGUAAAUGUAAUGCUGGAUGUCUCUACUGUGAGUCAUUUUAUGUUAUUUUCAUUAGCUGAAGAUUUCUAAUUAAAAUGAUAUAUAUAACA